AUGAAUUGCGUUGGAAAUGAUAACUUUUCCCAUUUUAUGAAGUUUUUGGUAUGGGUGAUGAUUGGAACGAGUUAUCUACUCUUGCAAUUUAUAUAUCACAUCAUCGAGUACUACGAAAUGUCAUCCAUGCCUGUGUAUUUACUUCGCAAAGGUGAACUUUCGGCUGUGAUUGUUUUCACCUUGCUCGAUGUGUUUGUUUUGUUAACGAUAACAUUAUUGUUCAUUCGAUGUGCCGUAAAUAUGGCAAAGGGUAUGACCCAAAUUGAAACGUGGGACUGGGAGCGUAUUGAGAGCCAAUUUUACACUAGAAGAUUUUGGAAGCAGGUAAGAUCAAACUACAAGCGACUACAUGGUAAAAAAUUGCCACAACUUUCGAGUUGGAGAAAUCCAAAUUUUCAGGGUCUUGGUGAAGGCGGUGGCGAUGAAAGCGAUGGAAAUGCCGAGGAAAUGCAGGUUUUUUCUAACCAAAACGAGUCAUCUGCAUUGGCGGAUGUGGAAGGUGCAUCACACAAUUGCCACGAGAAUCACGGGGAUAAUGAAGGACUAGAACUUUCGCAUAGAAGAUCCAAUGAAAGCGAAUCUUCAGUGAAUGAGCAAAUUGACGAGGUAGCUACGAAUUUUACCAUCGACGAUCUCAUUUUUCCUUAUGAUUAUGGAUUGCUCGUCAACUUCAGAACUACACUUGGACCACUACUUUUCUGGAUGCUACCGUGGGUCAGCACACGGUGCAACGGGUACGAUUGGAAAUCGUCUGAGGAUUAUGAGGAAUAUGAUCAAUUGAACUUACCCUGGCCACCUGAUUUUGGUCACGGCGAAAUAAGAGCUAGUAAUCAAGUAUUUAUGGAACGCAUGCAUUGGCAAAAUGAUAUGGGCGAAAGAUUGCGCGAUUUUGGAGUUGAUAUAGAUACAGAGCAGGAAGAGUCUUUGGAUUGA